CCUUCGUGAUUAGCAAAGAUGUCGUCCUGGAUACCCUUUUGGCCAAAGCGAGAUUCGGACUCGCCGCAAGAGCCGCCGUCACAGCAGGCGCAGCCCCAAGCGUCUACUCCUGUUGCUGCUGCUGCGUCUGCUAUUGUGCCUCCGCGUCCAAUCUCCACCUUCGAGAUGGCUUCUCCUACCGAACUUGUCACCGACGCCGACGCCGAUACUGACGCCGGCCCCCUCUGGUCAAUACCGGUCACAGGCUUUGCGCUCGGUUUCUGUGCCGGCAUGUAUCAGUCGGCCAACCGGGCCUCGCUAGUCUUCAUGGCGGAGAAUGCGCACCGGCGACCCGAUACUGUCCAAGGAUGGUACUUUUACAACAAGACAAAGAACUACCGAGUGCUGCUCGCCGCUGUUGUAGGUGGGCUCCGGACUGGGGCAAGGGUGGGCGUGUGGACGUUGGCGUGGGUCGGGCUCGAGAGGGCGAUGGGCGAGCUGAGAGCGAGGUAUCUGGACACGUCGUUGAAGCUGUCAAAGGCCCAAGGUGACCUCGAGCUGCCGCUGGGAAGAUGGCUGGAUGGCGGAGUGGCAGGCCUCGGGAUCGCGACGGGUGCUUCGAUCCUCUAUCGUCUCCCCGGCCCUUUGUCAAGGAGGGCGCUGGUGCUUGCGACAGCCACUGGCGCAUCAGUAGGCGCUCUUCGAGACUUUCAGCAGCGUCUCGCGGCCAGACAAGAACAAUGAAGCAGACAAUAAUGCACUUUCUUCCCGACUCAUUUGUACUAUUGCAGCAAUCCCUCUCAAUGCAUUCAAUCAUUCAGAC